UAUAGAAUAUCCAAAGGAAUUAUUUAAUAUGCCACUUCCCAUGAACCAUCGGACAUAUCAACUCACCUUUGAUUCUGCAGUUUUUGGCAUCAGUAUAGCACAUAGCAAGCAUGGAAGUGAUCAAAUCGAAUCCGGUUGCUGCUGGCGAGUCUGUGUCCAGAACUCUGACUGUAUAGAUACCUGCAGCGAGUCCAAGUCUGAAACGAACAUCACACUGACAGGAUUUAAACUAAAUAUUACUUCAGAAAUGAUUGAAAAUGGGCAUGGUGUUAAUUGCCGAGGAAGUGUUAGCAUAAAGGUUUUGAGUUAUUACUGUGAUGUUAGGACGAUAGAGGCAGACAGGUGGAGUCGGGACAGGCAGAUAUACACACCUGGUGAUGUGGUGUAUGUCAGAUGUGACCAUUUCAGUGGCGGAGAAGGAUGUAAGGAGACGACUUGUCAAUCAAAUGGGUCCUGGUCACUUCAAAAUGGAUGUCAUCUUCACUAUGAUGUGAGCAGAAGAUGUUCCAAUGAGAUUAGUACGGAAACCACAUCUCAACUUUCACCGCCUUCACAAGUGCUACUGCUUUCAACAAGUAUAGGUAUGUUCACCGCAACCAUAGCCAGUAUACCUAGCUCAUCAUUCUUGUCAUCCUCAUCGCAACUGGACUUGAAAAUAACAGGAUUAAUCCCUCUGUUACAUUCAUCUUUGCCAUCGUUUUCGGUCGUCAAUGAAACGUCAACAAGAGUAGUUGUAAGUCACAUGACAAUGCAUGACGCAAUAGAGGGGCAACAUUUUUCAACUUCCGUUCUAUCUAGUUCAGGAAAUUCGCAUUCAAUAACAGAGGUACCGGUGUCCGCAAAGUUACAUUCAAACUCAAAUGAUAGAUUGGAAAGUAAGACGACUUUACAUGGAGAGCAGACGACAGGGAUGGUACCCAAUGAAAAUCUAAUAAAAAGUAUAAGACCAACACGCUCCAGUUUCUUCCAAUCACAAAGCGUAAGACAUCCGGCCAAUGACAGUGCUCGUAUUGAUAGCGUGACCACAUCUUCCAUCAAUUGGUUCAGCUCUUCCUAUAUAACAGAAGUACCAGCGCUGAACACUGCAGACAACACGGUGUCAGUAGACGUCGAAGAUAAGCCGGACUCCAAGGUUGCGCUUGGUAUUGUAAUCGGGGUGUUCGCCAUCAUUGUGGCAGUGUUACUGGUCAUGAUAUUCAGGGUUGUCUAUCGAUCAGCUAUGGAGACCAAACACGAGGACAUGCCAAGAGCUACUAUUACAGAAACAAGCAGAAGGGAAUCCCAACAGGGCGUUCAGAUAGAACCCGUGGAGGUCGGAAAUCCGUUCUUCCUCAAUAUCGACGGUGACUUCUCCGAGUCCACCACAGAUGACGAUGUAUCAAACAAGAGUGACGUGUCUUUAAAAUCCAUAUCCAACAAGGACAUGUCGAUUCCCCGGAGUCAAUUUCGGUCUUCCACAAAUGGAAGAACCCGACAACAUACCAGAGGGCUGACAAAGACUCACCAAACCACGUUCACUGACGACACCGGCUGUUUCAAAGUGUCACGUCAUAAUCGAUCCAACGCGGUAAAAGACACGUGCGUCACGUCACACAGUGUGAACGGAGAUAUAUACGCUGUGAGUUACAAACAGAGGAAGGUGAAUCGUCGAUGAGUUAAACUUCGUGUGGAUUGUAAAAAACUAUUUACUCUCAAAGUUCAGAGUUUUAUAUCAUUUGUUACCAGCUAUAUGGUCAACAUAUAUACUCAUCAAUACAUAAUUGUGGUAACGCAGUAAUCCUAUAUACUCAUCAAUACAUAAUUGUGGUAACGCAGUAAUCCUAUAUACUCAUCAAUAUAUAAUGUUUAUACCCAAGGAGUAAGAUAGAUAGGUAUAAUUGCCCCCAAUCUAUAUUGGUGGUACACCAUAUAGCAGCAGAUACCUAUAGAUAUAAGUCUGAAAGAAGUAAGUAACAAACCAUGUUCCAGAAUAUAUUUCCGUUAUUACCAACGCUUAGGUGUACAUAUGUAAUUCCACUUACAUUACGUAUGCACUGUCUAUACUUCAAAUUAAGAUAAACAAGCUUUUAGUUUUGUACCAAAUGAAAUUAUAACAUACCAGCAGCUGAUGAAUGUUGGUUUUGUGUUAAUUUGCAAUAAAGGGCAACACAUUCGCUACGUAUGCAGCACUCCAGUGAACGAACUUAUAUUUUCUAGACCCGAAGUACGAGAUCUUGGUCCAUAUCCAUGAAACUCAGAUUCCAUACUCAAGCCCACUUUCUUGUUCCCGUGAUUAAUUCAGAAAAACAUGUUUUGUAAAUGAUAUGGAAGACGUUUGAGAGACUUAAAACCGAGUACUUAUG